AUGGUUAUAAUAAAUGAGAAUGAUGAUAUAUAUUCAUUGAUUCGUCAAAAUAAUACAUAUGCUGUUCGUCUUUGGCUUGAUAAUAUAACAAAUGAUAUUCAUCAGAGUGAUGAACAUGGAUUUACUCUUCUUCAUUGGGCAACAUGGUAUGGUCGCUUAUCAAUAGUUCAAUUAUUACUUCAACGUGGUGCUCGUAUUAAUGCAGUUAAUCGAGGUAAAAUAUCAAUUAUUACUUGUUUUACUAUGUAUUAUAUAAAAUUUCAGGUGA